AGGCGCACUGUGCCCGCCGGAGCCUGCAGUUCCCGAGCCCCGUGUGCGGCAUAGCCACAGUCUGGGCAGCAGCAGCCAGGGGAGCGCUACUACCAUGAACUGCCUGGUCCUCCUCCCCAGAGCUGCUCAUCCGGGUCGGGCUCAAGAUACAGUCAGGGGACCCGGUCGCCGCGCCCCCUCCUCUUUUUCCUUUCUCUUCUCUGCUUCCUCCUCCUCCUCCUCCUCCUCCUCCUCCUCCUCUUCCUCCUCUUCCUCCUCCUCCUCCUCCUCCCCCUCCCCCGCCUCGGAUCCUGGCCACUGCUCCCCAGACCCAGGAUGCCGGGGGGCAAGAGAGGGCUGGUGGCACCGCAGAACACAUUUUUGGAGAACAUCGUCAGACGUUCUAGUGAAUCAAGUUUUUUACUGGGAAAUGCCCAGAUUGUCGACUGGCCUAUAGUUUAUAGUAAUGACGGUUUUUGUAAACUCUCUGGAUAUCAUCGAGCUGACGUUAUGCAGAAAAGUAGCACCUGCAGUUUUAUGUAUGGGGAACUGACAGACAAGAAGACCAUUGAGAAAGUCAGGCAAACUUUUGACAACUAUGAGUCAAACUGCUUUGAAGUUCUUCUGUACAAGAAAAACAGAACCCCUGUUUGGUUCUAUAUGCAAAUCGCACCAAUAAGAAAUGAACAUGAAAAAGUGGUCUUGUUCCUGUGUACUUUUAAGGAUAUUACCUUGUUCAAGCAGCCAAUAGAAGAUGAUUCUACAAAAGGUUGGACAAAGUUUGCCCGAUUGACCAGGGCUUUGACAAAUAGCCGAAGUGUUUUGCAGCAGCUUACUCCAAUGAACAAAACAGAGGUGGUCCACAAACAUUCAAGAUUAGCUGAAGUUCUUCAGCUGGGAUCAGACAUUCUUCCUCAGUAUAAACAAGAAGCUCCAAAGACUCCACCACACAUUAUUUUACACUAUUGUGCUUUUAAAACGACCUGGGAUUGGGUGAUUUUAAUUCUUACUUUCUACACCGCCAUUAUGGUUCCUUACAAUGUUUCCUUCAAAACAAAACAGAACAACAUAGCAUGGCUGGUGCUGGACAGUGUGGUGGAUGUUAUUUUUCUUGUAGACAUUGUUUUAAAUUUCCACACAACUUUUGUUGGUCCUGGUGGAGAGGUCAUUUCUGACCCCAAGCUCAUAAGGAUGAACUAUCUGAAAACUUGGUUUGUGAUAGAUCUUCUGUCUUGUUUACCUUAUGACAUCAUCAAUGCCUUUGAAAAUGUGGAUGAGGGGAUCAGCAGCCUCUUCAGUUCUUUGAAAGUGGUGCGUCUUUUACGCCUCGGACGUGUUGCUAGGAAGUUGGACCAUUACCUGGAAUAUGGUGCUGCUGUAUUGGUGCUGUUGGUGUGUGUGUUUGGACUAGUCGCUCACUGGCUAGCCUGCAUUUGGUACAGCAUUGGGGAUUAUGAAGUCAUCGAUGAAGUCACGAAUCGUAUCCAAAAUGAUAGCUGGCUUUAUCAGUUGGCCAUGAGUAUUGGGACACCUUAUCAGUACAAUACCAGUACAGGAGCAUGGGAAGGAGGACCCAGCAAGGAUUCAUUGUAUGUAUCCUCACUCUACUUUACCAUGACAAGCCUUACCACGAUAGGAUUUGGAAACAUAGCUCCAACCACUGAUGUGGAGAAAAUGUUUUCGGUGGCCAUGAUGAUGGUUGGCUCUCUCCUAUAUGCAACUAUUUUUGGAAAUGUUACUACAAUUUUCCAGCAAAUGUAUGCCAACACCAAUCGCUACCAUGAAAUGCUGAACAAUGUUCGGGACUUCCUAAAACUAUACCAAGUCCCUAAAGGCCUUAGUGAGCGAGUUAUGGAUUAUAUCGUCUCCACAUGGUCCAUGUCAAAAGGCAUUGAUACAGAGAAGGUCCUCUCCAUUUGUCCAAAGGACAUGAGAGCAGAUAUCUGUGUGCAUCUGAACCGCAAGGUUUUUAAUGAGCAUCCUGCCUUUCGACUGGCCAGUGAUGGAUGCCUACGCGCCUUGGCAGUGGAAUUCCAAACAAUUCACUGUGCUCCAGGAGACCUCAUCUACCAUGCUGGAGAAAGUGUGGAUGCCCUCUGCUUUGUGGUAUCAGGAUCCCUCGAAGUUAUACAGGAUGAUGAGGUGGUGGCUAUUUUAGGGAAAGGUGAUGUGUUUGGAGAUAUCUUCUGGAAGGAAACCACCCUUGCCCAUGCUUGUGCCAAUGUCCGGGCACUGACAUACUGUGACUUACACAUCAUCAAGAGGGAAGCCUUGCUCAAAGUCCUGGACUUCUACACAGCUUUUGCGAACUCCUUCUCAAGGAACCUUACUCUCACUUGCAAUCUAAGGAAAAGGAUUAUUUUCCGUAAAAUCAGCGAUGUGAAAAAGGAAGAGGAGGAGCGUCUUCGUCAGAAAAAUGAGGUCACUCUCAGCAUCCCAGUGGACCACCCUGUCAGAAAGCUUUUCCAGAAGUUCAAACAGCAGAAGGAGCUAAGAAAUCAAGGAUCAACGCAGAGUGAUCCAGAAAGGAGCCAGCUUCAGGUGGAAAGUCGUUCUUUACAGAAUGGGGCUUCCAUCACUGGCACCAGUGUGGUUACUGUUUCUCAGAUCACACCUAUUCAGACUUCUCUGGCCUAUGUGAAAACCAGUGAGUCCCUAAAACAGAACAACCGAGAUGCAAUGGAACUAAAGCCAAAUGGUAGUACUGAUCCAAAGUGUCUCAAAGUCAACAGCCCCAUGAGGAUGAAAAAUGGAAAUGGGAAAGGGUGGCUGCGACUGAAGAAUAAUAUGGGUGGCCAUGAGGAGAAAAAGGAAGACUGGAAUAAUGUCACAAAGGCUGAGUCUAUGGGUUUAUUGUCAGAUGACCCUAAAUGCAGUGACUCAGAGACUAGUGUGACCAAAAACCCCUUAAGGAAAACAGAUUCUUGUGACAGUGGAAUAACAAAAAGUGAUCUUCGUUUAGAUAAAGCUGGUGAGACUAGGAGCCCACUGGAGCACAGUCCUAUUCAGGCUGAUGCAAGACAUCCCUUUUAUCCCAUUCCCGAGCAGGCCUUACAGACCACACUGCAGGAAGUCAAACACGAACUCAAAGAUGACAUUCACCUGCUAAGCUGCAGAAUGACUGCCCUGGAAAAGCAGGUGGCAGAAAUUUUGAAACUACUCUCUGAAAAGAAUAUGCCCCAGACCUCUUCGCCCAAAUCCCAAGUGCCACCUCAGGCACCUCCCCAAAUACCAUGUCAGGAUAUUUUUAGUGUUUCAAGGCCUGAGUCACCCGAAUCUGAAAAAGAUGAAAUCCACUUUUAAUAUUAUAUAUAAUAUAUAUAUAUAUAUUUGUUAAUAUAUGGAAACAGUAUAUACAGCUAUAUACAUGUGUGUAUAUAUAGUAUAUACAUAUAUAUUUUCACUUGCUUUCACUAUGACUUGAAUAUUACAAGGAUUUUGAUAUGUAAAUAUUGCAUGUCCAGCUGGAUUCUGGCCUGCCAAAGAAGAUGACUAUUGAUAACCUAGAUAUUGCUUGUACAAUAUGCAGUUGACUGCAUGCAGACUUUAUAGUUAUUUAUAAUCUAUUAUAUAAUAAAAAGGAUGAUUUUUGUUUGUUUAACAAAGGCAACAUACUAUUAAAAAAUCAGGGUCCAACCUGCUAGGAUUACCACGAGUGUUUUGACCUCAGGCUGGGGUGGGUUAAGUUCUCAUUCCUUCAGUGUUCUUUUGAGUUUGAAUUAUAGAUUAAUGCCAAUGAGGAAGUUAACCUUUUCAAACUGUUGGUCCUAUUUUAUGAUCUCUCUUCAUGGAGUAUUUUCUGUGUACUUUGUGUAAAGUUUCUAUUUCCUGUCAGGCCAGUCAUUUAUUCCAUUUUGAAGGGCCUCAUGAGAGGUCAAGGUGAAGUGUAAAGAAUAAGGGGAAUGGAUUGCUAUGGGCUUUAUGCAUAGACUGCAUUUUCUUUUAGCUACUCCUCUUGUUUUGUUUUUGUUUUUCCUUUUCCCCAUGUUACUUUAGAUAGUAAUCACAGUCUCAGAAGAGAGCCCCAGUACUCUCUUUCUUAGAGAACAACUAUUUUAUUCUAAACUGACUUACCUACAUCAUGAAUACCAAACUAGGAAUAUAGGGUAGGUCAUUAUAGAAAUACUAUACUGUGCUAUGUAAGGGUUUAUCAACAUUUAUAUUAAAUAAUCUGAUUUUCUAAGGCUACCAAUUUUUCUGAAUGUGGUUUUAACAUGAAAGCAGUAAAUGAAAAUAACGUAUUUGCAUCUCAGAUUUAGGUAUGAAGGUAUUAAAAAUGAAUGUAAACUCCUGGUUGUGCUUUAAAAAGUAUCCUUGUAAUUCACAAAGGGUAGAAUUUAUCAUGAGACUUAUUUUUGGAAAGUCCUAUUAGUCUGGAAAAUGUCUAUGGGUGACUGACUUGAAAAGAAACAAAAAACAACUUAGCUUAAAGUAGAUGCCUAAAAAUCAAAGGUUGCUCAAAUCAGAAAACUGCUUUUGUGCAGAUUUUUUUCCCCAUUCAAAUUUUUCUAAGGAUUCUUCUUUGCACACAUAUGUGGUUCUGCUGCUAGAUGACUGCAGUAUUGAUGAAAUAGACCCCUGUGGCUCAGAAGGAUGCUCUAGUGGAAAGGUGUAAACUUUGAAUUCUUUUUGUUGUUGUUGUUGUUUUUUGGUCACAAUUCUUCUUUUUAGAAAGUGCCUAUUAUAACUAAAAAAGAAAAGUUCACAAGGAGCUGCUUAUAGCCGGUCACUCAAUGAAAUGUGUAUUUAUAAUUAACAUCCAUACCAAAAUUCAUAUUCACUGCAAGGACUUAAAGGAAUUCAUUAAUUUCUUUUUGACUAUGUAAACAGUGUAUUUUAAACAGCCCUGAGGAGUGUGUUUUCUUUUUGAUGUGUGCAUGAGUUUUAUAUGUGGUAUUAGUGGGAGUUAGAUGUAUCAAGGGGAGAAUAUACUAUAUUCACAUGUGUAUAUGGCAUGUUUUUGUGUAAUGUGAUUUUGAUAUACAUAUAUGCAUAUAUGUGUAUAUAUGUAUAUGUAGGGGUAUAUGGAAUAUAUUUAUCUAUGUGUAGAAUAUAAAGACAUAGAUGCAUAUGCAUGUAUAUUCUACACACAUGUUAUAGCACAGACAAGAUGAUAAUGGAACCAAAGAUGGCAAUACUCAAAUUUUUAUGAUCAAUCCCUACCUUCCCUCUCCUCCAAUCCAACCAAAUCUAUUAACAUCUACACCUAAAAUAUUCAGUCAAUUGAAAUCAUACUCUGACUUGAGAACUAUAAAGCAGUACUGUAAAAGCUAAUUGUAUAACCAAGUCAAAAAAUAAAAUCAUAUUCCCUAUUCUAAUCACAUGAGCUUUGGGGGUUAAUAGAUUAAUAUAUUAUACAUUUUUCUCUACCUCUUAGCUUUAUGCACUAGAGGCAAGUACCUAACUUGGUUUACCUUUAUUGCAUGUCUUCUAUGAAGCAAAGAAAUUGACAAAUAAAAUUGGCAUGCAUUUCAAUGUACCAACCCCUCCUUGUAUAUCUUCAGUAUGUGCCUAUCUAUGUGUCUCACAAAGUAUGUAAGGUUAGGGGUUGUAGAUAAUAGUCCCACUUUCCACAAUUUCCAUUAAUAAAGGGAGGCUUUAGGUGAAAUUAUGUUAUAAUAUCUGCCUAUACUAUAGGCAUGAUAGAAUGAGUUCAUUAUAGCACAGUAAAUCGGUGUUUUCCAAAUAGAGAUUUCUUUGCUUGUAUGGUUUGUUUUGUACCCCUAUAACUUAGUCACUUCUCUCAUCCUCUGCCUUGUCAAUGGCAAAGGAAAGGGAAUGUAGUGGAUGGUCUCUUAGGUUCCUUCAUGUGCUAACAUUUCGUGAAUCUAUAUUUCUUUCAUGAUCUGUGAAUCUGGGGUGUGUAUGUAUGUAUGUAUGUAUGUCAACUAUGUAUGGGACAUGGUUGAGAUUUUAAUAGAAGGAACACGGAGAAAACAUAAUCUGAGCCCAGAAAUGCAUUCCUUCCUGUUUCAUUCAUACUAUGUCUCAAAGGCCUAAGUUGAAAUCCAUGAACCAUUCAACUUUCCCAAUUUUUCCAGGUUUUGGGGAUUGAUUGUAGUCAUGAAGCAGAGCAUCAGACGAUAUUAUCUGUCAUUGAAUGGAAGGAAUAUCAUGGUACUGGAGCAUUCUUGGUUCUCAAGGAGGAAAAAGAUAGCAUCAAUUGCUUUUCAGUAAACCCCGAGGUGUUUCUUCCCAAUCAUCUCCUUUCUUUGUCUGCAUGGCCUGGUCAUGGUGCUGACCGCAUGUGUUCAUUGAACAUUGUAUAAAUAGUUUUCCUCUAGGUUUCCAGCAGGGAGAAUUCCUGCCUAUUGAUCUAACACAAACAUAUUUAAAGGUGAACACUUGCUUUAAUAAGUGCAAUAAUAAUAUAAACAUUUUCUGUGUUGCCUCAAUCAGCACAUAAGUGGUAACCUCUCUUUUGGGGGGACCAAAUGACUGCAUGUUUUAUUCUACAAAUGCUCUUGGUGCAUACAGAAAAGUGUUGUUUUUUUUUUAAAGAUAUAUGUAUAUACAUAUAUAUUUAUACACACACACACAUAUAUAUAUAUAUACAUAUACAUAUAUAUCUUUAUGUAUAUCUUUUUGACCAACACACUAAUAUGAGUAAAUAUGUGUACUAAAAAUUCAAAUUUUUCCAAAGCAACUUAUACAUCUUCAAUAUUUUUCUAUAAUAUUGCAUAUUAUCAGUUACUAUUACCUGAAUGACUAGAUAAAACAUAAUAGUGAUAUUUUCAAAAAAAUGGAAAGAUGAACUAAGUAUCAUUAAUAGGCAAGUUUCCUCUGUUUCCAGUAAGAUAUGUUGCUAAAAUGUGCUCAAAUGGUGGGGGGAGGGGUAGAGAAAGGAUAAGCAAUAGGGCCAGAUGUGCAUUAUAAUAAGAAGAUGGGGGAGGGGAGGAACAUAAAUAUGGAGGAAUUUAACAGUACAGGGCAUCAAGAGUAAAAGAUACAUCAAAACAUUAAUUUCAUCUUAUAGGGUCAUUCUUAAGAAGAAGACUGAGUAGUAUACAAAAAACCCAUUAUUCAAAUGUGCGUACUUUUAUAUUAUCUAUGUUUGUGAAUAUGAGGGCAAGAAGAAUUAGAAAUUUCAGAGGUUUGUACUUUCUAUUACCCAGAUUCUUCAGGAAGAAAUUAAAUUGCUCAUCAAAUACACAACAGUUUGGGAUAGAUAUUAACUUUGCCAACUUGGGUAUCAUUUUAUAAAUGAAUUUUCCUCUAGAGAUUCAUUAAUUCCAAAUGCUUAACUUAAAAUCAAGGAGUAGUUUAUUCACCUAUGGGAUUUGCGUCAUUUAAUUCUUAAAAUUAAAAAGAAAGAGUGAAUCCCUUUAGUAAUUUUUCUGCCCUGAGUCAUAGAGCAGAUACUGCUUUUGCUGGUUUUUGUGAAAUGAUGACUUUUCAGUCUAAUGGAAUCAUCUGGCUUGUAUUUAUGAUGCACUUGUUCUGAUUCUCUUUUCUAAAAUUUCAUGUAGGAAAUGAUAACAUUUGUCUAAAAUAUCUAUAGCAUGCAUGGACAUUGAUUUUUAAAAGUUAAUAAUGUUAGUAUUUUUUAGAUAUGAGAUCUUGGUUGUUUCUGGGCACGUUAUCACGUUAUUGUGACUUGGGAGAGGUUUCCCC